AGAAGGUAUGCCCGGUCUUUCAGUGGUCCAUUAGCAUCUUGUUUGUAACAUAAUCAAGUCCCCGUUGACCAGUGCAACAAGGUUACUCGCACAUAUCGGUUACCGGUGCACAAUAGAUAUCUAUUAUAUUUUACGCUACUUCCUCAAGGCUGACACUACGCACAAACGGUUGGAGUACGGAUACUUCUUUCCAUGGUACGAAAUAUAACCUAAACGAACCAGCCGAAUGAAGACGAUACACCUCUUCCUACAUUCAACACACGACUACCAGCCUACAUGCACCCAUAACGAGCUGGGAUUUCAUUCACCACAGUAAUGGUUUUUGUCCGUUGAGUGACCGGAAAUAAGGUUCUUUCUGUCGUUGUUGGUUUGCGGUAGAAGUACAAUUACUUAUUUGCAGCUUUUCUAUCGGACACUGAAAAUCUCGCGUUACGGAAUUGUUUUAUAAACUAGUGUGCGCCAAAUUAGGCUUAUACAUGCAUCUUCAUGACAAACCGUGUACAUGUAGAGAUGUUUCACUAAUCCCCGUUACGUCCGGCUUCAUGCAGUUUAAUGGAAUAAUUGCAUAUAUCAUUCAUCCAUGUUACCUGUGCGCAGGAUCUGUGUUAUCUUUUGUAUUAUCAUCUAUUUAACUGACUUCGUAUUGUCGCAAUAUAACAAUCCUUUCGGGGAAGGACUCUCUGGUCUGGAUGUCAGUUUCCUCCACGAGAUCGCGGUAGCGCUAGAUCCUUCUCUGCAAAGCAGGCAGGCUAGUAUUCCCGGCACAUGGAACCAAAACCAAGCCGGCACGCCUGCCAGUGCACCGGCCACUGUCCCAUCUCUGGGAAGUACCGGCAUAGCGCCAACAUGCAGCGGAAAAGAUGGCUUCUUUCCAGACUACUCUCAGAACUGCCGCGUUUAUUACCGCUGUAGUCCCAGUGGGCGAAUGGCGCGCUUUGAAUGCCCGAUGAACUUUGUGUUCUCGGAGCAUCUGAAGAAAUGUGACUCCCCCGAGCGGGUGACCUGCACAACCAGCAAACCCGUGGCUGUCAGUGAGCCGGUUGCAGCUCAGCCGGCACCGCCCAUUCAGACCCGCUCGAUCCUUCCCGAGUCGUCAAUUUUGGGAGGUGGUUUAUGGCCAGCGGGACUACCACCUGUUGCCAUUGAAGGCGCGUCGGGCUUUUAUGAACCACUUUUAUCGGCGGCUAGUGAACGACCUCACUUGUUACUUGACGGGCUUCCAUCGCUUCCAACAGUAAAGAUUAUGGGAGAACCGCGUGCGCCAUUGGAUAUGGAUCCAGAUUUGUGUUUUGGAAGGGCAAAUCAGUAUAUACCAGAUGCCGACACCGGGUGCCGCGGCUAUAUUCUUUGUCCGUCAAUUUUCGGCAAUCGCUUCCAGUCGUUUUUCUGCCCACAAGGAAUGCGCUUCGAUACCAAAGCCGAAAGUUGCUUACCGCGAACGGCAGUACGCUGCAUGGAAGUGGAGCGUUUGUUUCCGUUGAAUGUGGGGACCAAUUUGGGUGGAGGCAAUCUGUUUCCCGGCCUGCUGCCGGUUGCCACUCCAUUACCACCCGGAACAGCCGAAACUGUCACAGCGCCGGGCCCCAAAGCGCCGUGCUACGGGAAAACGGGCUUUGUGCCCGAUCAUUUGCAACAUUGUCGAGUGUACUACUAUUGUAAUGCGGAAGGUGCGGCACUGAAUUUAACAUGCCCACCGGAAAUGAUCUUCAAUCCCAAUGUACAAAAUUGCGACUUCAUCCAGACGGCACCGGAGUGUAAAGCCCAGCUGCAGCAGCAACAGCAGCAGCUGCCGGGCAACAGUAACGGCAGCCCGAGUGCACCGCAGAAAAUUGCUCCCGAAACUGUCAAACCAAUCGAGCAUACGGAAUCGCCCUGGAGCAAUCCGGCAACACGGCUUUCACCGCUACGUCAAGUCGUGCCACCCGUAAACAACAAACCCGCCAUGCCGAAUCCGGCCGGCCACAAAGCCAGGACUCCCGGGUUAUUGACACUGUCGACGCUGUCACAUAUACCCGGGCCCGGCUAUACGCAUUCCAAGUAUAAUUAUCUUGACAACAGGAUAUCAGGUUAUGCGCCGAUGUCAAAAACACCACCAAAAAUCUCGGUUUUCAAUACUCCAACACAACUGGAAGGAUUCGGAACUCCGGAACUGUCAAAAUUUCCCAUGAAAACGUUCGGAAACGCUGUCAAUACUGGCAACGGCUUUGCCGUUAAACCUUCAGUCGUGAUUCCAGAAGUGUUGGUUGCGAAACGAAUCGGCUUGACAAUUCCCGGCUCAGCAGUGACAGUAUAUGAAACCGAAUGCGAUGGGACCCUUAAUUAUUACAUCGAACCGGAUUCCGCGUGCCGAAUUUAUCAUUACUGCCACACUAAUUUGACGAUGGAAACGUUUUCCUGUCCACCCACGGAAAUCUUUUUGCUGGCCAACAAAGGUUGUGUGCCCAUCGGUGCAGCGGUCUGUGUGGACAGUUUAAGCGGGGAUGCCAGAGAAAUACUGCACAAAAAUUGGGAAGCUACAACACUGGCCCCGUCUGUUCCACCUACGCUGCCAUUUCCACAGGGAGUCGGCGAUCCAUUCAGUAGCACCGUUCCAUUCCCUAUGGCCCAACCCGGGACGAGUCCGAAGCCGGGUAUUGCCGCUGCACCAGAGCCGCAAUGCGUCCCCGGAAUGACAGGAUUGCAUGGGGAUGCCUCCGCCAACUGCCUGAAAUAUUAUGAAUGUCACAUUGAUGGUUCGAUGAUCACGCAUAGUUGUCCCAUUAAUCUCAAGUUUAAUAAUAUUCUCAAAGCCUGCGACUGGCCAGAAUAUCUGGAUGCGCAGUGUAACGAGAUUAGGCCAUUGUCUGUGCCACAGCAGUCGGUAUAAUUAUUUUCGGGGGUAAUUUGGUAUAAUCACAUUAUCAACGCUUUAUGGAUUAUGCAAUGGUUUUGUACUAUAGUAAGGAAAUUAAAUUUAUAC